AAAGUCCCGCUGGAGUCCUUCACUCGGCAGCAGCUGAGGUCAGCCUGAGGACCGGUGAAGCACCAGAGCAGUCUGUGGAGAUAACCUCUAAAUACACAGCUCCAGCAGAAUGGUGAUGAGUAUAAGAGAGUUGCUGCCAAGUCAUGGAUAGAUCGGCACAAUGACACAUGAGACCCUCACAAACUCCCAGCUGUCCGUCAGGGCGGCUGCGCUGCGCAUGGUCGACCUACCGCUGUCCGUGUACAGCUCUCUGGCACAGGUGAGUGUCAGCACGGGCACCAAGAAGCUGAUGGCAGCCACUGCCUUUGGUGCCGCCUCGCUCCUCUUCCUCGCUCGCCGCUUCCAGAGGAGGAAGGGCAGAAAGAAGGCUCUCUCUCCUCAGUGGGAGCAGGAUGGCUUUGUGUUCAUCUCCCCGGCCACAGCUGAGAACGAUAACACCAGUCGAAAAAUCACUCUCUCCCUCAACUCCAAGAAUGGCCUCUCCUCUGGUCUGCUGCUCAACUCAGGAGACUACAGGAAGCUGUCCGGCUCUCUGCUCAGCCUGGCCUCGGUCAAAAGCAUGAACUCAUCCAGCAGCAGCACCUGCGCAAAUGAAUCUAUCUGCUGGGACAAAGCGGUGGAAGCUGAUAUCUGCAGUGUGGUCAACUUACCUGUCACCACCCCUGAAAACCUGUACCUCAUGGGUAUGGAUUUAUUCGAGGAGGCUUUAAGGCGCUGGGAGGAAGCUUUGACAUUCAGGAGCAGGCAGGACGAGGAUGAUGACGACGACAGCUGUGCAUCCGUUAAAACGGGAGAUGGAGACGCCAUCGCUGAGCAGGGCAUGGAGGACGUCAUCAGUGCAGAGUUCAUCCACAGGCUGAAGUCUCUGCUGCAGAGGGCUUACAGCCUGCAGGAGGAGUUCGAGGGAGUGCUGUGCGUGUCGGAGCCCUCGUCCCACAGCGACAGCCAGGAUAAAAUGGCAGACGUGCUGGCCAGAGAGGAGCUGGACGACGCCUGUCUGAGAGACAGCGUCAGCAUCGCCUCCACCGACUCCUUUGUGUCGGCUGCUGAGCUGACGGAGCACCGGGAGCUGCGUAGCGUCCUCGCUCUGGGUCAUCACCUUUUCUACGAGGAGGCGCUGCAGAUGGCCGAGGACGGCAAGAUCUCCUGCAGGGUGCUGCGGACUGAGAUGCUCGAGUGUCUCGGGGACAUCGACUUCCUGGCCAAGUUGCACUGUGUGCGUCAGGCAUGUCAGCUGAUUUUGUGCGAGAGGAAGACCCGGAUGUUUCUGGCCGACACAGGAAAGAAAAUACUGUCUUCUAUUAUUGUUAAAGCCCAGAAGAGCCCAAAGCGAUUCGAGGAAUUGUUUGAGGAGAUGAUUUCCUUCCUGGAGCACACGGAGCACUGGGAAAACACCGAGGUGGAGCUGGCCACGCGGGGGGUGAACCACUUGAACUUCUACGACAUCGUGCUGGACUUCAUCCUGAUGGACUCCUUCGAGGAUCUGGAGAAUCCACCGAUCUCCAUCCAGAACGUGAUCAACAACCGCUGGCUCAACAGCUCCUUCAAGGAGACGGCGGUGGCAUCAAGCUGUUGGUCCGUGAUGAAGCAGAAGAGGCAACACAUGAAGGUGUCCGACGGCUUCAUCGCUCAUUUCUACGCCGUGUGUGAACAGAUCAGCCCCGUCCUGGCCUGGGGCAUCCUGGGGCCCAAAAGCUCCCUCCAUGACUUCUGCUGCUUCUUCAAGGACCAGGUGCUGUACUUCCUGAAGGACAUAUUCGACCUGGACAAAGUGCGUUACUCCUCUGUGGAGAGUCUCGCAGAGGACAUGCUCCACCUGCUGCACCGGCGCUCUGAGCUGCUGGUGGCCUACCUGGGAGCCGACUCCCUGCGGCACGCCAACAUCUGCGGCUCCCCGCAGGUGCAGCUGCUGCCCAGCGCCCUGCUGGAGGCUCCAGUGUAGUGACAGACAGAGGGGAGGGGGGGGAACUUGAACCCACAUGGACCGGGAGCAUCAAAAACACUAAACGUGGAAAUCUAAGCAUUUAUUCAGGGGUGAGUUUCCCGCCUCCAGCGUUCAGUGUAGCAGUGUAGCACAAAACGGCUCAUUGAAGAAUAUUAAUGUAGAAACACUUUCACCACUGUCUGACAUCACAUCUCCCAUCAUGCUUUGUGCUCACGUGGCUCUGCAUCUGAGCAUAAAGUGUUCCAGCUGUCUUGCCUUCACACUUGAUCAUCAUCAUCUCCAGUAUGGCCUCCUCCUGCUCCCCAGCUCCUCGUCGCUGUGCCAUCGCAGUGCACGUUAGUUUUAAAAUCAAAGCAAUAUGUGUAAUUUAAACCUGCUGUGACACAUUUGAUAGUAAUCAUCUUGCAGUAUACAUUAUGCUGUGUAUAUGAGGGCAUAUGUAUUGCUGUUAAGAGGAAGGGUAUUAUAUAUUUAUUUUACUAUAAAUUUAAACAAGGAUUUAUUUUUUAGAAGUUGUAGUUGUGCCUGUUUGCAUCGAUGGAUUUGUGAUCGGCUUCAAACACAUGAAUACUAAUGUUGUAUAAUAAACUGAUACAUGUUUCACAUUCUGCACAUCAGCAAUGCAAAACCACGGACUGUUUGUGUUGCAAAUGGAAAACAUAACAUGGUACGAGUCUUCAGAUACUUAACGCUAAUGUUUCUUUGCACCAGGACUCGAACAGUCAUGCGAUAUUUAAAUGAAGCUCAUGCAGCCUGCAAGGCCCUAAUCCCAUUAUACCGUCAGUUACACGUCGCUGUUACGUAAACAUGCAGCUCGAAGCCUUACACAUGUUCAUAGCCUUGUCUUCAUCACUGAAUGUCGGUCUUAAUAAUAAUAUAUUGGUCAGUCACUGCCAUGUACAGAACACGCACAACAUGAACGCUCUGAGCAGUUACUGCAGUAACUAACCGUGGGAUAUGUAAUGCUCCGUGCUCGGGGCUUCAUUUUAGGAGUUAGUUGCAGGAUAUUAUUUUUGGUCCAUCUUAAACAAUUCACACAUGUACUUUGAAAUAGUUGCUGUGAGGACACAACAGUCUGAACGUCAUCGAUCUGCAACUGACAAGUUCCCAGCUUUUGAUAUGGAGUCUGGUUUCUUUAAUAGACACUUUAACACUGGGCCUAAGGAAUUAAAAUAAAUCAAUAGUAAGUUGUUGCAGACCUACUUUACUUGAAAUGCUGUAGUGAUAGCAAAUUAUUUUUUAUUUAACUCAAGUCAUUUGUUUAUUUGCAGUAUGAACGAUGGUUAAAACGUGUAUCUGACACUUUUACAUUUGUGCGUUCACCUCGUCUGUGUAUAACUUAAAUAAAGACUUAUGAGAACGUG